AUGGACCCUAGCACUUGGGCAAGUAACUUGCCCGCUGACCAGGGUUUGUACUCCAACGAAAAUGAACGCGAUUCUUGUGGGGUAGGCUUUAUAUGCAAAAUCACCGGAGAAGCUAGUCACUUGAUUGUAUCUGAUGCGAGAAGCUUGCUCUGCGCCAUGACUCACCGAGGUGCAGUGGGUGCCGAUACCCGCGACGGUGAUGGUGCUGGUGUCAUGACUGGCAUUCCGCAUGAACUUUUCAAGCGUGAGGUUGAGCGGGACAUUGACUGCCAGCUCCCUGAUGUUGGAAAGUACGCCGUUGGGAACGUUUUUAUGAAUCCUAACGAUGUGACGGAGCGUAAGAAACAGCAGCAAAUCUUCGAACAUAUUGCUUCUGACCUUGGCCUACGCGUCCUGGGUUGGAGAGAGGUUCCUACUGACCGUACUAUUCUUGGACCAGCCGCUCUUAGCAAGGAACCAAUAAUCUUCCAGCCUUUCGUCGUCUUGAAGGCUCACUACGGACAAGGUAACAAACCUGAGAACGGUCCCUUCGAUGAGAUACGUUUUGAGAAACAACUAUAUGUCCUUCGAAAGCACGCAACGCACACCAUUACGCUCGCCAAGUGGUUCUACGUCUGCUCACUUUCAUCCAAGAACAUUGUCUACAAGGGUCAACUCAGCCCGCGCCAAGUUUACGACUACUACCACGAUCUCAACCAUGUACUGUACAAGAGUCAUUUUGCGCUCGUCCACUCGCGUUUCUCGACCAACACUUUCCCUAGCUGGGACCGUGCGCAACCUAUGCGCUGGGCAGCUCACAACGGUGAGAUUAAUACCGUGCGAGGAAACAAGAACUGGAUGCGUGCUCGUGAGGGCAAUUUGCGUUCGGAACUUUUCGGCGAUGACUUGGACCUCCUUUACCCUAUCAUUGAGGGUGGGGGCUCCGAUUCAGCCGCCUUCGAUAACGUCCUUGAGCUCCUUGUUGUGAAUGGCGUUGUCACUCUCCCAGAGGCUGUCAUGAUGCUCAUUCCUGAGGCGUGGCAGGACAACGAUCUUAUGGACGCUGAGAAAAAAGCAUUCUACCAGUGGGCGGCGUGCUUGCAGGAACCGUGGGACGGUCCUGCGCUUUUCGCGUUCAGUGAUGGUAGGUACUGCGGCGCGAACUUGGACCGAAAUGGAUUGCGCCCUUGCCGAUAUGUCGUCACCUCUGACAACAUUAUCAUCUGUGCUUCGGAAGUUGGCGUACUGUACAUUGAGCCAGAGAAGGUCAUUCAGAAAGGACGUCUUAAGCCUGGCCGCAUGCUUCUUGUUGACACUGUCGAGAAGCGUAUCGUCGAUGAUAAAGAAUUGAAAAGGACGACGUCUCUCAAGCAAAACUUCGCCUCGUGGGUCGAGGGGCAGAAUAUCACUGUACCCAAAAUCAUCAAGCGCGUUCAACGCACAACUAGCAUCGACCCAGUCAUUGAUGAGCACUCGCUCAGCACUGAUCCGGUUCUUCUUGCGUUUGGCUACACAGUCGAACAGCUAAGCCUCCUCCUGCUACCUAUGAUCAAUGAGGGCAAGGAAGCACUCGGAUCCAUGGGUAACGAUGCGCCGCUCGCGGCGGUGGCGACGCAGCCGCGGAUCAUCCAUGACUAUUUCCGCCAGCUCUUCGCUCAAGUGACGAACCCACCUAUCGACCCUAUUCGUGAAGACAUUGUCAUGUCCCUUGAAUCGUACGUUGGACCCGAGGGUAAUAUCCUUGAGCAGAAGGCCGAGCAAUGCCACCGUAUCGUUCUUCCAAGCCCCGUUCUUACCAUUCAUGAGAUGAACGCGAUGAAACAUUUGAAGGCCGCUUACAAACGCUGGGAGUCUCGCACCAUCGAUAUCACUUUCCCUAAGGGGGAAGGUCUUCCAGGGUACCAGCGUGCCCUCGACCGUGUUUUCGCGGAGGCGAAUGAGGCUGUCGAUGAUGGCGUGAAAGUCAUCAUUCUCUCUGAUCGUGCCACGGGCCCUAAGCGAGUUCCGCUCAGCGCUGUCGCCGCUUGUGGAGGUGUCCAUCACCACCUAGUAUCGCUCAAGAAACGGGCGAAGGUUGCUCUUAUGAUUGAGACUGGCGAGGCGAGAGAAGUUCACCAUAUUUGCGUCUUGGUCGGGUACGGUGCGGAUGCGAUUUGCCCGUAUUUGAUAAUGGAAGUAGUGUACAAGGUUGCCCGUGAAGGACUUUCAAAGGACCAGACGGCGCAGCAAUUGAUCAAGAACUACUGCGAGGCCACAAAUGCGGGCAUUCUGAAGGUCAUGUCGAAGAUGGGAAUAUCGACUCUCCAAUCGUACAAAGGUGCUCAGAUCUUCGAAAUUCUGGGAUUGCAUCGGGAAGUAGUGGAUAAAUGCUUUAUCGGCACCGCCAGUCGUGUUCAAGGUGCCAACUUUGAGUUGCUCGCUAUGGAUGUAUUCGAGUUUCACGAGCGGGCGUGGCCGAGCAAAGAGACAAUUUUGCCUGCCGGAAUGCCGGAGUCUGGAGAGUAUCAUUGGCGAGACGGUGGUGAGGCACACGUCAACGACCCGGUCGGUAUCGCUCACCUCCAAGAUGCGGUUCGCGAGAAGAACCAAUCCGCUUAUGACGCCUACUCCCGCAAUGCCCGAGAACAGGUUAAGCGCACGACACUUCGAGGACUCCUUGAUUUCAGAUUCGAGGAUGCUACCCCUAUUCCCAUUGAGCAAGUCGAACCCUGGAAUGAGGUCGUGCGCCGCUUCGUCACUGGUGCAAUGUCGUACGGCUCCAUCUCCAUGGAAGCACAUUCAACUCUUGCUGUCGCUAUGAACCGGCUUGGGGGGAAGUCUAACACUGGCGAGGGGGGUGAAGAUGCUGAAAGAUCUCAGAUUCUUCCUAAUGGCGACACAAUGCGCAGCGCCAUCAAACAAGUCGCCUCCGGUCGCUUCGGUGUCACGUCUAACUACCUCUCCGAUGCUGACGAACUGCAAAUCAAGAUGGCUCAGGGCGCCAAGCCUGGUGAAGGUGGUGAGCUUCCUGGUCACAAAGUGUCCACCUCCAUUGCCCGCACUCGUCACUCUACCGCCGGAGUUGGGCUUAUCUCUCCCCCUCCACACCACGACAUCUACUCAAUCGAGGAUCUCAAGCAGUUGAUCUAUGAUCUGAAAUGCGCAAAUCCUCGUUCCCGUGUCUCAGUCAAGCUUGUGUCUGAGGUGGGUGUUGGUAUCGUGGCUAGCGGUGUCGCCAAGGCGAAGGCGGACCAUAUCCUCAUUUCUGGCCACGAUGGUGGCACGGGAGCUUCGAAAUGGACUGGUAUCAAGUAUGCCGGUCUACCUUGGGAGUUAGGCCUCGCAGAAACCCACCAGACUCUCGUACUUAACGACCUGCGUGGACGUGUCAUCGUGCAGACUGAUGGUCAAAUUCGUAGUGGACGUGAUGUCGCAAUUGCUUGUUUGCUCGGAGCUGAGGAAUGGGGCUUCGCCACUACUCCACUCAUCGCAAUGGGCUGCAUCAUGAUGCGCAAAUGUCAUCUAAACACCUGCCCCGUCGGGAUCGCCACCCAAGAUCCUCACCUCCGUGCCAAAUUCGCCGGUCAGCCUGAGCAAGUUAUUAAUUUCUUCUAUUACGUCGCCGAGGAACUUCGUUCAAUUAUGGCCAAGCUCGGUAUCCGCACAAUCAACGAGAUGGUAGGCCGGGCGGAGUUGCUAAAGGUUGACGAGUCGCUUCGGAUACCCAAGACCGCUCAUCUCGACCUUUCUGCAGUUUUGAAACCCGCCUGGCAGAUGCGUCCUGGUGCGGCCACGUACAAGAUUCGUCAACAAGAUCACAAGUUGUACAUCCGUCUUGACAAUAAGUUCAUUGACGAGUCGGAGCCAGCCUUGACUAAGGGUCUUCCUGUUCGCAUUGAUUGCAACGUCGUCAACACCGACCGUGCCCUGGGCACUUCUCUUUCAUAUCGAGUAUCCAAGCUCUAUGGAGAAGAGGGCCUUCCAAAGGACACAAUCCACAUUAGCAUGCAGGGAUCCGCUGGCCAGUCUUGCGGUGCCUUCCUCGCGCCGGGAAUUACCAUCGAACUCGAAGGCGAUUCAAAUGAUUAUGUUGGCAAGGGUCUUUCGGGUGGCCGCAUCAUCGUCUAUCCACCAAAGGGGUCCAACUUUAAAGCGGAGGAGAACGUCAUCGUUGGCAAUGUAUGUUUGUACGGAGCCACUUCCGGUGAGGCUUUCAUCCGUGGUAUCGCUGCGGAACGGUUCGCAGUCCGCAACUCUGGUGCGAACGCUGUGGUCGAAGGCACUGGUGAUCACGGGUGCGAGUACAUGACAGGAGGUCGGGUGGUUGUCCUUGGUACGACAGGCCGUAACUUUGCGGCGGGAAUGAGUGGAGGUAUUGCCUAUGUCCUUGAUAUGGCACAUACGUUCGCCUCCAAGGUGGACCAGCGCAUGGUAGAGCUCGGAAAGGUGACUGAUCCUCACGAGAUUGCGCAGCUUCGCAGUCUUAUCGAGGAUCACCGCCACUACACUGGCUCAGAAAUUGCUCAUCGUGUUCUCGACGAUUUCCACCAUCUUCUCCUUAUGUUCGUCCGGGUAAUCCCGCACGAUUACAAGCGUGUUUUGGAGCAAGAGGCUGCUCGCGCCCAGGAGGACAAAAAGCGAAUGAGCACGAUCGAUCUCGUUCCUUCUCACACUGCUAGCCAAGUCGAUCUCGCUUCUGAGACCCUGGAAGACGUUCUUGGUCCAAAGGCGUCCCUCGCUGCCACACUAUCUUCUUCUCAUCUCCAUCCCCCCGCCAAGAAGCCCGAGGUCCCUGUCGAGGAUAUCGAAGACUCCGCCGUCGAUGAGAAAACCACCCGUGAGCGUCUAAAGAAGCUCGACAAAACUCGUGGCUUCAUGAAAUACAAGCGGCUCCACGAAAACUACCGAGCCCCGCGCAAACGGGUUAGGGACUGGAGGGAGAUUUCUACUCGUCUGUCAGAGAGUGAGCUCAAGUACCAGACCGCUCGCUGCAUGGACUGUGGGGUACCAUUCUGUCAAUCUGAUGCCGGAUGUCCCAUCUCGAACGUCAUUCCCAAAUGGAACGAUCUCGUGUUCAAGGGUCAAUGGCGUGAUGCUCUUAACAGACUGCUAUUGACAAACAACUUCCCCGAGUUCACUGGCCGCGUGUGCCCGGCUCCUUGCGAGGGUGCCUGUGUCCUCGGUAUCAAUGAACAACCAGUGGGUAUCAAGAGCAUUGAAUGCGCAAUCAUCGACAAGGGAUUCGAAGAGGGGUGGAUGACGCCCCAAAUACCCGACUUCAGAACUGGAAAACGCGUUGCUAUCAUUGGGUCAGGUCCGGCAGGCCUGGCUUGCGCCGACCAGCUGAACAAGGCGGGUCAUACUGUCACAGUCUACGACCGGAAUGAUAGGAUGGGUGGACUUCUUAUGUACGGCAUUCCAAACAUGAAGUUGGACAAGGCCGUUGUGCAACGCCGGUUGGAGUUGAUGGAAUCCGAAGGAGUGACGUUCAUUCCGAACGCCCAUGUUGGGGCUGAUAUCUCUGCUCAAGACGUCAGGGCACAAAACGAUGCUUUGGUGAUUGCAACUGGAGCGACUUGGCCAAGGGACCUAAGGAUUCCUGGGAGGGGUGCACAUGGAAUCCACUUCGCAAUGGAAUAUCUUCAGCUGAAUACUACCUCACUUCUUGAUUCCAACCUUGAGGAUUCCAACUAUAUCAACGCGCGGGGCAAAGAUGUCAUUGUCAUUGGUGGUGGUGAUACAGGCAAUGAUUGUAUUGGAACCGCCAUGCGGCACGGUGCUAAUUCCGUAGUCAACUUUGAGCUUCUUCCUCAGCCUCCCGCCUUCAGAGGCCGUGACAAUCCCUGGCCCCAAUGGCCUCGUAUUUUCCGCACCGACUACGGACAUACCGAGGUCAUGGCCCACUUCGGCCAAGAUCCCCGUGAGUUUUGCAUUUCAACCAAGGAGUUUAUUGUCGACGAAGAAGGGAAAUUGAAAGGUCUCACCACUAUUCGAGUUGAAUGGACGAAGGAUAGUGCAGGACGAUGGAAGAUGGAGGAGAUACCAGGCUCCGAGAAGUUCUUUGCCGCACAGCUAGUCUUCCUUGCCCUCGGAUUCCUCGGCCCCGAGCAGGAACUGCUCAAAUCUCUCGACGUGAAAACCGACGGUCGUUCCAACAUCCAGACCCCAGCGAAGAAAUAUUCUACUAACCAACCAGGUGUCUUCGCCGCGGGUGAUUGCCGUCGUGGCCAAUCGUUGAUUGUUUGGGGUAUCAAUGAGGGCCGUGGUGCCGCUGCUGAAGUAGAUGCUUACUUCAGUGAAGGAAACACUCGCUUGCCCGCCGCUGGUGGUAUCAAAACUCGCCGCUUCGUGGCCCCUCCUAUCGUUCCCAAUGGUGUAAACAUUCUUAACGGAGCCCACAUUGAAAACGGUGGAAUAGUUCACGAAAUCAAAGUGGAAACCUAG